GUUUUUUAAAAAUUGAUUUGUAAUAGGAUAUUUAAUACUAGUUUCUACUAGCCCCAACGCCAUAGAAAACUUUAAAUUACUUAAGAGCAGGUUAAUUAAAUACACCAUUUAUAAAUUACCUGCUAAAAUGAGCGCGUUCAUCGGCACAUUCAAAGAGAUCUCAUCUAGCAACAUGGUGGCACUCUAUAGAGAGUACGGCAUGUCGGAUGACGAGGCCAGUUGAAUGACGUCCCUAACCUGGGCACUCGAGUUCAGCAAAGAGGGUGCUGUCUAUGCGAUUAAAAUGAUCGAGAAAGACAGGUAUCUUGUCAAUAAGUUUCAGUUGGGAAUGGAGUGUAUUUUUCGCCAUUUCAACAACAAUACUACCAAGUCGGUGCUGGUGUUGGAGGACAAUAGGCUCGUGCAGACUAUGGGCGACAAAAAGGGGACACGAGUUGUAUACGAGUUGGUGGGCCAUGAGCUCUGGGUUACCUAUACUGCUGGACCGGUGGUUGCCGGCCAUAUAUUCGCUCGCCAAUAG